AAACCGUGGCUAUGUUUCUUUUUUUUCCCAAUGCAUCACCGUUUCAUGCUUGCUUCUUGUCUGACGCAAGAGGCUUGCAGCUGGUACCUGGCUAAUGUCUUUUCUUUUUCGUUUUAUACACCUCUUGAGCAUAUCGAAAUUCCCCUUGUUUCUCUUUGGCUUUGUAUGAAGAUGAAACAGGUGAAUCAAGCCACAGAGAAUUGAAUAUGAUGCUAAUU